AUGAUUCUUAAAUCAAAUGUGCUUCAUUUCUUUUUGCUCUUUUCUACUCUCCUUUAUUCUUUAUUAGCUCUCUCUCUCUCUCUCUCUCUCUCUCUUUUUCUCUCUCUGUGCCUUUUAUUUAUCGCCUUUUUUCUCCUUCAUUAUUUAUCAUUAUUCUUCCCCUAUUUCAGUUUAUCUCUUCUCUCUAUUUUGCUUCUUCUCUGUCCCUUUCUCUCUUUCCUCCUCCAACUCGCUUGUCCGACUUUUACUUUUCUGUCUUACUCCUCUCAGUCCAAUUUGUUCCCUUUUUCUUUUCCUCGCUGUCAUUUCUAUUCUUUCUUUUUCAUCACUCCUUCAUUCUCUCUCUCAUUCGCUUUCCCUCUAUCUCUGCUCUUUUUCUAUACUUUCUUUUUUGUUUCUCUUUCAUUUUUCUUUUGUGUGCGCCUUUCUUUCUCUCUCUUUCUUUCUCUCACGCAUACACAUACGCAUAUACCUAAUCUCUCUUUCUUUUGUCUAUUGUUCUUUUCUUUCCUUCCCGCUUACGUAAUUUUCUUCUUUCUUUCUUCUUCGCACUCUCUCAUUAUGUCACUCUCUUGUUUUAUCCCUCUUUAUUUCCUUCGUCUUUUCUUUCUCCUCUUUUCUCUCUUUUUUUUCAUUUUUCUUAGUCACUCCCUUGUUGCUUUGUUUUCUCUCAUUCACUCUCUUUUCCCGACAUCUCUCUCUAACCUAACAGUUCUUUCUAAUAUUCUUUCUUUUUUGUCUUUUUUCCUUUCUCUUUCAAACUCUCUUUUUCAUGCUUGCCUCUUUCUCAAUCACUAUCUUACAUAUUCUACCUUUUAUCUCUAUAACACUUUCUUUCUUUUUCUUUCUACUCUGGUCUUUCCAUUUUUCUUUCAUACUCUCUUUUCAUCCUUGCCUUUCUCUCUCUUAUUCACUCUCUUAAAUACCCUCCUUCUCUCUCUAACAUUCUUCCAUUCUUUUUUCCUUUUUCUUUUCUUUCCUCUUUCAUAUUCCCUCUUUCAUCCUUGCCUUUCUCUCUCUUAUUCACUCUUUUAA